GCAUUUAGUGUGUAUAGUGUAUUACUGUAAAUGCAAUUUAAAUUAUUAUUCGUUCAUUUAGAUCAAUGUACUUUAGAAAAGCUUUAUUGUCAUUAUUCAGAAUCUAUAACGUUUGAUAUGUUUCUAUGACACGACUGGAGCCAUGGAUGGAUUUAUUAUUUCACUUGAAUAAUGGACUGACAUCUGUGAUUUGGAGCACCAGAACUUCAUAUGAACGGAGUUAUUUUUUGUCAAAUGCAUUGAAGAAGAAUGGAGUCCUUUGAACCUGUUUCACGGUGCAUUAUUACUUUUGGUACGCGCUAGGCCAGACUCAAACUCGUACCGUGAGUAAUAAUGCACUGUGGCAGUGUGUGUAUCUGCAUGAAGAAACAGCUUUGGACACAAUAAUGAAGAUAAAAUACUUGAAUGUUUAGCCCCACACAUAAUAUAUUCACCUCUGUGACCGGAACUGAUGAUGGGAGCCACUGAUAAUCCUAUAACUUUUUUAUAAUGUGUACUUUUAAAACUUUUAAAAGCACGUUAGCCACAUACGAUUAUCAAGUUAGAUAUAAAACUGAACCCUGAAUUAUUUGCAAUAUUGCAGCGAAUCUUGCCAAUACAACUUAUAUUAUUGUGUGUGAAUCAUUAAAAAUGUACAUUUGUAAUGUGUUUUUGUUUGUUUUGUAUUACACCUUGACUAUCAAUGUCUUAUUUCGCGAUCCGAAAGACAUAAUUCAAUCGUAUUGUCUACAGACAGCUAUAAAUAAUGUUAUAAACGUAUAAAGCCUUUUUUGUAAAUGAGUAGAUUUGUGGUAGGAAAGGCGUGUGACGUAACCAAACAUUUACGGAGAGGAGAACUCAUGACGUCACCUAGUAACGGUGUUGUUAGCAGCGGACAUUAAGAGCUGCUAAAGUUUACUGUUAGCGUUUGUCCAAAACUUAAAUAUGGAGCAUUUAGCGAACAAUGAGAUCCAAACCGAGACUGAAGUGUUAGCAAACACCCAAGAAAUUAAGACGAGCGAUGUUUAUAAUGUGGAUAAGAACAUACCAAAUCGCUUUAAUAAUCCGGAGUGCUUCAAAGGAUACAGAAAAAAGAUCAUUAACCCUCUUUAUCAAACAACAAAUCAAACAUACGGAAGCAAAAAGCCUACAGUUCAUGAGAUGCCGACGAGCUUUAAAGGAAGCAGCCGGAAGUUUUCAGAGCCUCAUCUCAAGAGCGGGAUGUACAGGGAUAACGGUUUCAACACCACACUGGACAAGAGCAGACUCACCGGACCCAACACAACCGACGUGCUUCACAACAGAAUCACUUUCCAUCACUUAUACCACACAGAUGGCGAAUCUCAGUAAAAUCCAGAGUUCAUGAUGUGUGUAUAAUGUUAUAGUGUGUAUUUUCAGUAUCACCACAAUUAAAUGUAGGUAAAACAAGUCACUUGGAUUAAUAAAACACAAACAAACCA